GGGGCUUAUAUAGUAGGGCAAGUGGGCGGAUGGGCGGUGCAAAAGUUAUUAAACUUGUUAUUUAACUACAAAUUAGCUGUGAGUUAUGAAAACUGGCCAAACACAAUUGAUGUGUGAGACUGAGCCUUCUGAAAUAUAAUGUCAAAAUGUCAGGUCAUGCUGGACUCCUUUGUUGGUUAUAAAAGAAUUUGCCGGUUGGCGGCUGCCUAUAGGCUAUGAUCUUACUUUCUCAUUGUAGAGAGAGGGAGAUUGAACAGACUUAUCUAACUAUGACGACAUGCACGAAAAUAAAGGCCAGUCAUUUGGCAGAGAACGCUAGUAAAGCGGAACAGUUAGCAAAAUACGUGUGCCCAAAAUGCGAGCACAUAUUGACAGACGCAGUACAGACUAGCUGUGGCCACUGGUUGUGUCAUGACUGUGCUGAUGGAAUUUUUAAGAAAAUGCCAAAAGAAACGCUAUAUUGUCCGAGGGCAGAUUGCGAUGAAGCACUUACUGCAGAAGAAGGAAGACCAUUUUUCCCUGAUAGAUUUGUUAGGAAAGAGAUUAGCCGUUUCGUAGUCGCUUGUAUUAAUCGCAAGUUUGGUUGCAGCUGGGAAGGCAAGCUGGGUGAACUUGGUAACCAUCUUUGGACCUGUGAGCAUAACAAGACUGAAUGCAAGCAUUGUAAUCAAGCAUUCUUACCAUUGGAAUACCAAUCACAUGUUGAUCAAUGUCCUAAGAUGACUGUCACAUGUCCUCUUAAGGAAUAUGGGUGCAAGGAAACGAAAGAGAUGACUAGAGAAGAGUGCAAUACUCAUUUGUCUUCAGGCCUCUUUAAUCAUAUUUUAUUCGUAGCUACUGCAAUGACAUCUGGUUCACUUGAGUCCUCUGCUAAUCUUGUUCAGAGCAGCAAGGAAGGUGACCAUGGUCCUGAAGUUUCACAGGCAGGACUAAGGAGAUAUGUUGGUACAUUUGGAUUUUUGGAUGAUAGGGCAGUAGGAAUGAAAGGAAGAGGUAGUGAUGAGAUUGUAGCAAUGAUGCAAAGCUUCCAAGCUACAUUGACAGGUUUACAAGAUAAGGUGGCACAACUGGAGAAAACCGAUUGUGACUUGUUGGAUGGCAUACAAGCCAAUGCUGCUUCCUUAGAUAAGAACAUUUUUGUCGUUUCUAAGGCUUGGAAUAUACCUCAGUUUUCUCAGUGUAUGGAUGAUGCCAGGACUGGGAAGUGUACUUCAAUGUUUUCUCCUUCGUUCUAUUCGAAUCCAACAAGUCGCUGUGGCUACAAGAUGUGUCUUCGCCUCUACAUCCUGGGGGAUGGUAUAGGAAAGGGCACUCAUAUGUCUUUGUUUUUUGUUCUCAUGAAAGGAGAGUUUGAUAACAUACUCCAGUGGCCAUUCACACACAAGGUGACCUUGAAGCUAAUCAAUCAAUAUGGUGGCAGAGAUGUUAUCGAUUUACUACAACCUGAUCCGUUAAGUUCUUCCUUUCAGAAGCCAAAAUCAGAUAUGAACGCUGCCAGUGGAUGUCCUCGUUUCGUGUCAAUCGAUGAACUAAUGGAAGGUGGAUUCAUUGUUGAUGAUACGAUAUUUAUAAAGGUCGAAGUAGACAUGCAUUAAUAAUACAUGCAUAUUUAUAUUAAAUAAUAGUUCUAUUAUUAUAUGCUUUUAUUAAAUUGUGGGAGUUGCACUUCCUUACUUUUUUCAUGGGCUCCUGUAACUUGCUAAUCUCCUUA